AUGCGUGAGCGUGUCACGUUUAUCCACAACGACUAUACCCUUGAUCCUGAGCAGUUGGACAACCAAGAAGCUGGAUUGCUUGGGCCUCAAAUCGAGUCAGUCCGUCAGGAUAAACUCACUAUCCCCUUCGACGAGUUGCCUAGUGAGCUCACCGACAUACUCCAAGAGUAUGAGGCUCUUCAUAUCAGAUGGGCUAGCCCUGUCAGAUCCGAGACACUCGACCCUUUCACUUCACGAAUUUCACCCGGGCUUCAUGUCUAUGUGACUCCGGAAUCCCCAAACUCAUGUAACCCAACAAAACUUUGCGGUUGGCUCCAGAGGUUUGGGCCACUAGCCUGUUCAAAGCCAGAGGCUUUCACCGAGUUUAAGCAACCAGCUACCUCCACAGCCCCGGACUUCUCAUUCCAUCAAACACUGGAAGAUCUACACUCUUUCAUAACUAUUAGCUCCCGGGAGUUCUGCCCUGACCUGGACACUGUUUGCAAUGCCCGACUACGAAGCUUGUUGACCGCGACUAGCUUAGACUUAUCCUUUGAUAAGUCUGCAAAGGCUCUUGUCGCUUCUGUGCUAUGGCCUCUUCGACCCCAAACCGUUGCUGUUCCUGCAUCGACGGAAAGAAGGGUUGAAGUUGGCAUUUUCGUUAACGACCGCUCGCAACCAAACAUGAAGGAGAACGAACUUGGUGUCGCUGGCGUUCUAUCCGUACUUGGCGACAAGAAAAAGCCUUCGCCAACCAUCUUCACUUUCCCAGCCCGACACCGUCGAGAUGAAUCUGUAUUUACAUCUAGAUUUCUCACCCCCACAGGGCUUCACCCAACUCUCCAGCUCAGCUUCAGCUCUAACAAGCCUCCAAGUGACGAGGGCGAGUGUGUGCCAUACGCAUUCUUGACAUUACCCAAGGCUAUAUUUGCGGAUCGUUAUCAACUAGGAGACGAUUUGUUCCUGGCCUCCAAGAACUUGACAGCUUUGCGAUACACAACCCUACCCGUGGACUUGGAAGCACCAGCAUACACCACAGAGACAUGGGGGUCGAGUAUUCUGCUUGAGCUCGCACCACCUACCUCUGAAGAAGGGCAGCCGUGGAAUGUUGAAAUCCCUCUCCACCUGCGAUACCUUAAGCCUUCAGUGACUGACCAAGCCGAGGCCGAUGUUCCCUACCCUGCUGUCUUCUGGGCAUGCUCCUUAGGGGAGGAGACGCUGGAGAACCCAUUUGAUCGUCUCCAUAUUGGCUAUGACAAUCUUUUCCCUCGAGACACUGCCUUCUGGCACGUCAACCCUCAGCCAGAGGGUGGGAGCAGACUUAUGCACCGUGUCACCGUCCCUGUCCUUAAGCUCGAGGGCAUAGAUACAAUCAGGUCAGGCACGGCAAUUGCUGUUUUGCUAGGUUUUGCCUGGGUACUGUGGAAGCUGGUCGGUGUUAUGCUAAAGUCCGAAGAACCAGUGCUCAAGAAGACAGCCCCAAAGAGGUCUAAACAAAACAAGAAAGCUUGA